AUGUCUAUCCCAGAGCCAUCUUCCACAAGCCAACAAAACGGUUCUGGAAACAAUGCUCUCAGCCAAAACAACGUCGCCCAAGUACCACGUACAAACGGCAGCAGUGUUGACAACUUCGCCCGAGCCCCAGCAGCAGAGGUCCCUUACUUCGCCGGUGCUCGAAUUCCGGAAAGGUCAACACAUCUCCGGGGCCUCUCAAAUCAACUCAACGCAAUGGAUCAAAUCAUGAACAAGAGGAAUUGA